AUGGGUGCCUGUUGUAGUUGUUUAACGGGUAACGGUAAUGAUGGGAAAUAUUCACCAUUAUUAUUAGCAGAAAAUGAAAGGGAAGCUAUCAGUUCAUUAUUACAAUAUUUAGAAAAUCGUUCAGAUAUUGAUUUUUUCACUAAUGGUCCAUUAAAAGCAUUAUCAACAUUAGUUUAUUCAGAAAAUAUCGAUUUACAAAGAAGUGCCGCUUUAGCCUUUGCAGAAAUAACUGAAAAAGAUGUCCGUGCUGUUAAUAGAGAAGUCUUGGAGCCUAUUUUGAUAUUAUUACAAAGUUCUGAUGCUGAAGUUCAAAGAGCUGCUUGUGGAGCUUUAGGUAAUUUAGCUGUUAAUAACGAUAAUAAAAUCUUAAUUGUUGAAAUGGGAGGUUUAGAACCUUUAAUUAGACAAAUGAUGUCCACCAAUAUUGAAGUUCAAUGUAAUGCUGUUGGCUGUAUCACCAACUUAGCUACUCAAGAUGAUAAUAAAUCCAAGAUAGCUAAAAGUGGAGCUUUAAUUCCAUUAACCAAAUUAGCCAAAUCUAAAGAUAUUAGAGUUCAAAGAAAUGCUACUGGAGCUUUAUUAAAUAUGACCCAUUCAGGGGAAAAUAGACAAGAAUUAGUUAAUGCUGGAGCUGUACCAGUUUUAGUAUCAUUAUUAUCCAAUGAAGAUGCUGAUGUUCAAUAUUAUUGUACCACCGCAUUAUCAAAUAUUGCUGUUGAUGAAUUAAACCGUAAAAAAUUAUCAACCACAGAACCAAAAUUAGUUAGUCAAUUGGUCAGUCUUAUGUCAUCACCAAGUCCAAGAGUUCAAUGUCAAGCAACUUUAGCUUUAAGAAAUUUAGCUUCAGAUUCAGGUUAUCAAGUUGAAAUUGUUAGAGCUGGUGGAUUACCUCAUUUAGUUCAAUUAUUAACAUCAAAUCAUCAACCGUUAGUGUUAGCUGCUGUUGCAUGUAUUAGAAAUAUUUCAAUUCAUCCAUCAAAUGAAGCUUUAAUUAUUGAAGCAGGAUUUUUAAAACCUUUAGUUGGUUUAUUAGAUUAUUCUGAUCUGGAAGAAAUUCAAUGUCAUGCAGUUUCAACUUUAAGAAAUUUAGCUGCUUCAAGUGAAAGAAAUAGAUUAGCUUUAUUAGCUGCUGGAGCCGUUGAUAAAUGUAAAGAAUUAGUAUUAAAUGUUCCAUUAUCAGUCCAAUCAGAAAUUUCUGCAUGUUUUGCCAUUUUAGCUUUAGCUGAUGAUUUAAAACCAAAAUUAUAUGAAAGUCAAAUUAUUGAUGUUUUAAUUCCUUUAACUUUUAGUGAAAAUGGUGAAGUUUGUGGGAACUCUGCUGCUGCUUUAGCUAAUUUAUGUUCUAGAGUUAACAAUGAACAUAAACAAUAUAUUUUAAAUAAUUGGUCUCAACCAAAUGAUGGUAUUUAUGGAUUCUUGAUUAGAUUCUUAAGAAGUGAAAGUGCUACUUUCGAACAUAUUGCUUUAUGGACAAUAUUACAAUUAUUAGAAUCUAAUAAUUCCGAAAUCAAUUCUUUAAUUAAAGAAAAUGAGUCUAUAUUAUCAGGUAUUAAGAACUUGGGUGUCAGUCAACAAUCACAAAGAUUAUCAAAUGACGAACAAUUUGAUGAUCCAAGAGUUGAAUUAUAUAAUUUGACUCAACAGAUUUUACAAAUUUUAGGUUGA